ACGUUUGCGAGGUAGAGAUUCUUGUCGGACGGCUUAGACAGCCUCAUCCCCGGCCGCCAUUUUGGCUCCAUGUGAGCCGCCCUGUCCUGUCAGCGGGUCUCUCACAUGAAGGUGAACCGUCCCGGGGACUGAAGCACGGUGGAAAUGGCUUCGUUGCGUGUAGCGAGGAGGAUGUUCUGUGCUGCGGCAGAAACAGCAGCAGCGGCUCCGGCGGCUCCGGCAGCUCCGGCCUCCAGCAGCCGCUGGGAGAGAGUGAAGAACAGUAAAGCAGGCGUGUGGUGUCGCAGCCUGGUCUCAGAUUAUAAAGAGGCCUGCAGGGAGAUAGUGCUUGGAGCCUGGGGGCGACCGGCCAAAGCCACUGUGUACUUGACUCUGAUGGGUGGGGCCUCGGCUUGUGUCUACACAAACCCUGACCAGUCGUCCUUUGAGGCGGCCCUGCUGGAGCGCUCCAACCAGCUGGGCCUGCUGUCCCCGUGGAUCCGCAACGCCACGUCGGAUGGCCACAUCCAGAAUCUAGUGAAGCUUCGUAACGAGGGCCGUCUCCAACAUGCCAGCCUGGGUCUUCUCUCUCUGGUUUACUGGGCCAACUACGACACGGACUCCGCACUGUACGAAGCCCAGUGCUCCAAUCUGUCCAUGCCGUGGUUGGAGUUCCAUCAAAGGGUUCUGGAUGUGGGCUUCGGCAGCCGCUGGUGGAUUCUGGACUCAAAGAUGCGGGACUAUGAUGUGAACGAGGAUGAGUUCAAGAACUUGCCAGCUCACAUGCAGGUAUCAUCGCCACCCAGCGUUCAGGAGGUGGAGAAGAACGAGAGGUUGCACAAAGAGUCCUGGUUAGCGCUGAAAGUGGAGGACGAGGUAAAAGAGGCUCAUGUAGUUGACAGAAAGGAGGAAAAGGUUAGUGAAGAACAAACAGAACCAGCGAAAGAGGAACAGACUUGAUGUUAUAUACUGCUAGAACAAAAUGCUGUUUAUUCCCAUUGGUCAUGUAUUGCUGGCUUCUCAUUUUUCAGCCAUGACUGUCACACUGUUUACUGCUGCCACUGACCACCAGGAAAGAGGAAACAUUCACGCCUUUAUCUCAUCAAAAUAAAAGCAGCCCAUCAGAAUCAGCCUCAGCUGGGUUUUAUUUAUUCCAACAUGUUUAGUCUCACAGAAAGUUUUACAUUUAUACCAGCUGUCAAUAAAUCUGUCACUUGUUUCCCAGUA